AUGCCUGUGAAGAAAACGGCAGGGGAAAAGGUUGCUCAGGCGGCCGCAAUUCGAAAGAAAGCUCUCGCUCUGGAGGUGGACGCUCGUUGCGAGAAGAUCAUGCAGAUGAUCCGUGGCAAUGCUGAGCUUUGCUCUGUUUGCGAAUCGGCUCUCCAAGCUGCCGGCGUCGACUUGGAGAAGGCAUACAUGAGCGAGCAGCCUUCCAGAAAGAAGCAGCGAAAGGGCGACCAGCAGGGCGAGGACAUGCUUCCGCGAUGUGAGACUCGUUUUGGCGACUUGAAUGUGAAGGUGCUUGUCGAGAUGCUUUGCUCCAUGGAGAAUAUCUUCACACUACAUGCGCUCAAUGCGUUGAAGGACGGCCCAAAGCGUGCGAUGCCGAAAGACAAGGUUCUUCAGGUGAUCGAGUUCCUGACGGAUGUUGGUGCUGGAGACUACAUCGGCACGGAAGGCCCGCUCAAGAACGUGGACAGCUUGAAGAAGAUCCUCUCGGAGCUCAACAAUGUGAACGGCCACCGUGGGCAGUCGUUGCGCCUCCCACCCGACUGGAGUCUCUCCGGCAUCUAUGAGGUCACUUGGGCCGGUGAUUCGCUUACGAUCCGCCACAAGUUUCUGGACAAGGAAGCUUGCCGCAAGCUGCCUGAGGACCAGCAGAAGCUCAUCAAGGUGCCAGCGAAUGUCACCAUCCUCGACAACUUCUCCGCUCGCCGCGCGAACUUGGUGGAGGAAGGAGGGCUUCUGCGCUACACCGUCGCCAGCUUGUUCAAGGACGUCGUCUCCGACAACCCCCUGGAGAACGCCGCCGCCGUGUACGUGAAAGCCGCUGAGAGGAUCCCUUCCAUCAACCCAGCUUUGUUGGAUGCACGUGAGACACCCAGCUCCAAGAAGCCUGCCGCUGUGGAGACUCCCGUGAAGGUGCCGUUUUCGGUGGCGAGGCUCGGAUCUCGGACCGCGUUGCUUGGUGCAAACAAGCGUGAUGUGGGUGGCGAUUCGCCCGCAGAUUCCUCAAAGCCACUGCGCAAAGCAGACGAUGCUUCCGCUUCCCCUUCGUCUCUUUCUUCCAAGAAGCGAGUGGGACGUUCGGGGUCUUCGGCGGACCUGACGGAUGCUGAGAGCUUCGAGGGUGAGAACUUGGCCGCGAAGUUUGCCCAGGCAGCGGAGGAGAGUGAGCACAAAGCCCGAACUGAGCUUGACUUGGACAUUCCUUCCCCGGCUGAGUGA